UGUAAUCUGGUAUUUCUGACUUCCCAGUGACAUGUGGGCAGUUGGUGGACAUUUUGCACUGAACAGAAACUCAUGAAAUGUCAUAAAAAAUAAAAAACAUGUCUUUCAAGCAUACAGUACACACUGUACAUAGUGUUUCAUGGAGACAUAAAGCUGAUUCUACCUGCGGAAUGUUAGAACGUGUGACUGUCAAAGACUUUAGAACUCUGUGAUGUCACAAAGGCCUGCAGGGUUCAGAUCAGUCCGUUCUGCGGUUCUGCUCUCACUUUGUUCGAGUGAGUUUCAGCACGAGGACAAACCUUUCAGACAUUUCAGUUUCGACACGGUGAACGAGACACGGAGAAACACCAAGCAACAAGAUGUCUAUGAAUUACAGGGAGAAAGUUCAAUCUUUGACAUCCUCCUCAGAUGACGACUCUCUCGUUAUUUUGGACACCCUGGCCUCCCCCUCCUCCAAAUACUUCGUGAAGUCUAUUUUGGGGGAGGGCAGCUUUGGAACCGUCACCAAGUGCAUAAAGGCAGCCACAAAAGGAACGGUGGCUGUGAAGAUAAUGAAGAAAAGAAGUUUAACGUCCGAGGCGCAGAAUGAGAUGGCCAUCCUUGAAUACCUGAGAGCUUUCGACUCAGACAGAUUCAACUUUGUCAAGUGGACUGAUAGCUUCAUUGACCGAGAGCACGUUUGCAUAGAGUUUGAACUGCUUGACAUAAGUCUGUUCGAUUUCAUGCAGAAGAAACAUACCUGCUGUCUCUCUGUGAACGAAAUACGUCCUAUCUUAUACCAGGUGGCUACAACUCUAGAAUUCCUGAGGAACCUCGGACUUGUUCACGCCGACCUCAAACCAAACAACAUCAUGAUGGUGGACCAUGUAAACCAGCCGCUGAAGGUUAAAAUGAUCGACUUUGGCUUAGCUCGUCACGUCUCACAGUCACAGAGGGGCUCGUAUCUCCAGCCACGCUAUUACAGGUCUCCAGAGGUCAUCCUUGGACUUCCCUACACAACAGCCAUUGACAUCUGGUCUUUGGGCUGCAUCGCUGCAGAGCUUUUCUUGGGCAAUGUCUUGUACCCCGGGGACAGUGAAUAUGACAUGUUACGACAUAUUACGCAGACUCAGGGUCAGCUGCCACAGGAACUUCUCAACAAUGGACUAAAAACCGAGUGGUUUUUUCGGAGGAAGAUGUAUCGUCAACGUCAGUGGACAUUAAAGACACCAUUCGAGUAUGGACGCGCAGUUUUUACUGAGACUCAUUUCAACUCCCUGGAUGAUCUAAAUAAGGUAAAGCCAGUCUGCCAUCUGUCAGAUGAGGACAACAGGGCAGAAAUCACAGACAGGGAGACCUUUGUAGAUCUGCUGAAGAAGAUGCUGCAGCUGGAUGUCAGCAAAAGGAUAACACCCAGUCAGAUUCUUGAGGAUCUAUUCAUCACCAUGAAUGACCUUGCAGCCAGCUACCCCAACAGCCUCUACAAAAAAUCAUCUUGUGAAAUGAUGCAAGUGUGUCAGGAUCAGCAGCCAUGCCUGAGCCCACAGGCCUCCACCAGCACCAGCACCAGCACCAGCACCAGCACCAUCAGCACUGCCCCCCUGGACCAGUCAAUCUCCCGACAGCCACGUCCUGCUUGGCACAGACACAAAGAACAUCCCCUCAUCCAGAACAUUGCAUCAGCCAUCUCCAGCAGCCUCUCCAUCCACAACGACAUAUCAGAACCUCAGCAAAUUAGCUUUUCUGUUAACCACAAAAGGAGCGAACCAGAACACCGGUUGCCUGUCAGCUCUAAGGUUCGGUCCUGUCCAGGCAGAGAUGGUCUUACCAGGAAAAGAUCGAGGGACACUUUUGAAUCUUCAAUGAGUAGUGAAAGGCAAGUGUUGUAUGACUAUCCUGUGCUGAUUUUAUUACAGACUUAUGUUACAUGAUAUUUCCAUUGAAGU